CAGAUAUAUAUUUUAAUGCACGUUUGUUCAUUGCUGCUUUUCCUUUCCAGGCAGUUACUGAAGGACCCUCAGGUGUUGUUUGCAGGUUACAAGGUCCCACACCCCCUGGAACACAAAAUCAUCAUCCGUGUCCAAACAACACCAGAUUACAGCCCCCAGGAGGCUUUCACCAAUGCCAUCACAGAUCUGAUCAGUGAGCUGUCCCUCCUGGAGGAGAGAUUCAGGGUUGCCAUCAAAGACAAACAGGAAGGAAUCGAGUAAAGUUAUCACACUAAGACUGGACUGUACUUCUGAUGAAGAAUGACAUGUCUAGGAGUUGAAUGCUUUAUUUAAACCUUCAUUCAUGGCAAUUA